CAAUCAGGAUUUACUUCCAUUUCUUGCUGCUCAUUGCUUUUCUGUGGUUCUCCAUAAACAGCACUUGGGUUUUGCAUCAAGCUUUUGUGGUUUUCCUCUUUGUUAAAAAAACCUGAAAGUUGUGAGCAACAGCAAGCAGAAGAAGGAAAUACUGAACACUCCAGAAGGUGCACGAGUUGAGAAAGACAGAGAGCCUGGCUCCUGACUAUGAAUAUUUCCAAGAUGGUGCUAGUCGACAACUUCACUAACAGCUCCUUCAAGUGUACGAUCGACAGCUUCAAGCAAGUUAUUUAUCCCACCAUUUAUCUUUUUAUCUUCUUUUUUGGUGCUGUCGGAAAUGGCCUCUCCAUUUACGUUUUCUUCCAGCCUUCGCAGAGGAAGACCUCAGUAAACAUUUACAUGCAGAACUUGGCUGUUUCAGAUCUCAUGUUUGUGAGCACUUUGCCCUUUCGGGCCAGUUAUUUCCUGUUGGGAUCACACUGGAUAUUCGGUGAUAUUGUCUGCAGGAUCAUGACGUACACCUUGUAUGUGAACAUGUACUGCAGCAUUUAUUUUCUCACUGUGCUCAGUGUGGUUCGUUUCAAAGCCAUUGUCUACCCAUUCAAACACUGCAAGGUAACCAGCAUGAAUUAUGCCAGGAUAAUAUGUGCGACUAUAUGGGUUUUCGUGAUGGCAGUCUCCAGCCCUCUCUUAACCAAGGGAAUUGCUGGGUACAUAAACCCAGUCAAGUGCUUGGACCUCCACCCCUCUAGCACACACAGGCUCCUCAUGAUGAACAGCUUUGUCCUCGCUGUGGGCUUCAUUCUGCCCUUUUGCAUCAUUAUUUUCUGCUACAUCUUUGCAAUCAAAGCGCUGCUCAAGUCCAGGAGUCCGCAGUGCAAGAAGGCAGUCUGUCACAAGAAGGCACUGUCAACCAUCAUCAUCACUCUCAUCCUUUUCCUCCUCUGCUUUCUGCCAUAUCACAUACUGCGAACUGUCCACCUGAUGUACAGCAGCUGCAGCCAGGCCAACCUGCCCAUGCACAAAGCACUGGUGGUCACCCUCUGCCUCGCUGCCAUGAACAGCUGCCUCGAUCCCAUCCUCUAUUACUUUGCUGCUGAAAAUUUCAAAGCAAGAAUCAGAAGUCUGUACCGCAGGUAGCUGGUCCAGAGCUGCAGAAUGAUGUAUAUACAGUCCUGAUGGGACGUCUAGACUGGGUCCAUACUAUUCAUUGCCAGAGGAUGGCACAAAUGCCAGGCAUCUCUGGAGCAAAAGUGUCUUUGUGAUAGCUUGUUGGGGCUAAAACCAGGGUAGGAUUAUCACAGGUCAGGUACCUCAGUGUUAUCACUCGUCCUCUUCUGUGCAGCAGCACAGAUGUAUCUCUACUGUCCAUUGUUCCCAGGAAAAGGGAUUGAAAUGGAUGUAACUUGCUGCCUGAGUCCAUUUAUUUCAUUUCACAAUACUCAACUGAUGACUUGAAGAGAAGCCGCUCACCUCUGUGUCUGAACAUCUCUGUGCUCCAUUUCCCUGUAUGUGCAGAGGUGCAUGGUUCAGAUGCUGUGAUACCCAUCAGAUUCACAGGGCCCUGUCAGUUCCCUUUGAAAAUACCAGUCAAGGGUUUGCAGGUAGCAGGAACAUAAAGCAGCACUGACACUUUCUGCUGAGGCUGACUUACAAAGCAGGCAAAGAACCAAAGAGGACCCAGCACUGGCUCAUGCUCCUUAGAAGGCAUUAACGUUUCUGAAUUUUCCACUCUGAGGAGGCCACUGAGAUAUUCUGCUUAACACUUCAGUGGUUGUCAGGUGAGAUAAAGAUCUCAAGCAAAUGGUGGCAGCAUGAGUAAGAUGACUGCUGGAAGUGAGGGCAGGAUGUGGGUGCACGUAGCAUCAGGCCGUAGCUCUUCAUGUGUGCACCAAUUCCUUUGAGAUUGUUUCAACACUUGCUUUGAUGUGCAGUGUUGCCAGUGCUUUGCUGAAAGCAAGGUUAGGGAGCUCAGAUCCCAUGCAGGGGCCCAAAGAUAAACUUUUAAAAUUAUUUUGGUCCAAAUAAUACUCUUGAGUAGCUAGGGAGCUAGGCAGUGGUUUCCUCCACACAGGUAAGCCAGUUUGACAGCAAACUGCUGCCAAAGGCAUCCCUCACCCCUCACCUCCUACCUGCUCCAAGGAGGAAACUGGUCCCUUUUUUCAUAGGAUUAACUUUCAGUUACUUUGAACUCCCUGACACUGAAUGCAAGGGGAAAACACUAAAACAGCAGCAAGAGGAAAGAGUGGCAGCAGAGAAGGAAGAGGACAAGGGCUGUUUAUAAAACAAUGAAAAGCUACACCUAUGUGUAAUUUGGCUGCAUGCAUUUUUCAGUCUCCAAAUAUUUUCUAAAAUGCAUUUCCUAUAUAUCAGACCACUUGCAAUUAAGCGAAAACAGGCUCCAGACUCAGCUUGACUGCAUUUAAAUUUUACAUUUGAUCACCUCAUUCUGUAAAAAAAAUGGAUAAGAAGUUUUGUAAUAUUUUCCAGGAAAGCAGCCUGUCCCAUAAGUAAGCUAAAAAAAAAGUUGAAUGCUUUCCCUCCAUGUGGAAUCCACACAAAGGAAGGCUUCUGUCAGUGAAGAGACUUUCACAGUGCUCUGAACUGUCUUGGAGAAAGCAAUCUACAAACUGAACAUUAUUGCUCCCAAACAAAAAUAACUGCAGCUAGCUAUUUUCAGCUCUGUAUGAAAUAUGCAGAAAACAAAUCAUUGCUGGCCAGGUGGAAAAGUACUUGGCAAAUCACUGUGAAAGUCACAUUUCUUCUUGGCUAUGUAAGGGUUAUGUUCAAUCGCAAAGUCAAUCUAUUUCUAUUGCUUUAUGCUGGCUUUGAUCUAAGCGCAGAGUUUUAUCAGAAGUCUUCACUGAAGUUCAUGUUCCAAAUCCGUAUUUCAGUAACUAAGUGGCAUAACUGCAAGCUGACCAAAUGAUGCCAUGUGAACUCCUGCAGUGCUUGGUCCCAUGCUGUUGAAGGAGAAGGGAAUAUGCUUGGUUCCAUGCUAUUGAAGGAAAAAGGAUUAUUACCACUGGUUUACAAAGGGAAUGGUAUCCAAAGGGUAGCCUGUGUGUAGAGGUAGCGGGCAAAUAGUUAGAAGGAAGGGGGCAAAAUCUUUUUCUGUAGUUUUCAUAUCAGGAGUAGACCUGUGCAGGGACAAGUGACAAUCUUGGAGCCUCUGAUGAGAGAGUGUACACCUUAAAUACUACAAGGGAAUGGAAAAAAAUAGCCACAGUAUAUUCUCACUGACGUGUUUUUGUCUGUAUCCAUCCAAUGCACCAUAAUAUCAGGUAAUUUUGCAUCUAGAGGAUAUAUGUAUCUCACUUGUGAGGCCACUUUUUUUUUUUUGUAUUGACCACACUCUAACUUUGUUAGCAAUUGAAUUAACUGUCAAACCCUUGUUUUAAUAAACUUGAUAUACUACUGGUUGAA